UGGAAACUGAUAGCAGGCGGCAGUGACCUGACUACUGCCCUGUCUACUGUGCUGUGCUCUGCGUAGAAAGUACUGGGCCCUCAUCUAUACCUCAGCCAUGGCGCUCCUGCUUGGAAUGGACUUGCCGACGGUGCUAGUAUUUCUUAUUGUAUUUUGCAUAGCCUAUUAUGUUAUUUCCAAGCCUAAAAACCUGCCGCCCGGACCUCCUGUUAUACCGUUCCUCGGCAGCCUGGAUUUCCUGAUGAAGGGGAACCGGAUGGAGCAGUUCGCCCGCUAUCACAAACAAUACGGGAAGGUGUUCCGCAUGUACGUCGGUGGCUACUUGGUGGUGGUUCUCAGUGGAUUUGAUGUGGUCCGUGACGCCUUCGUUACACAAGCUGAUUGCUUCAGCCAUCGGCCUAACUUUAUGUGGUGGGUCAGUCAAAUCAAAGCGGGUAUCUUCAUGAGCAGCGGCCAGGCAUGGAAGGACUUAAGGAGGUUCAGCCUUCAGACCAUGAGGGACUUUGGGAUGGGGAAGAGUAGCGUAGAGGACAAGGUGAAGGACGAGGUCAACGCCAUCCUCACCAUCCUUUCAGAGAGUGAUGGAAAGCGGUUCCAUUUCCACGACUUCAUGGACGUAGCUACCGGCAACAUCAUCUGCAGCCUCAUCUUCGGCGAGAGAUAUGACUACCACGAUGAGAAGUUUCAUGAACUGAUGCGUCUCCUUAACGACGUGGUCAAGUCACCAGGAAGUCUCAACCCUUAUUAUGCCAUACCAUUACUGAGGAUGCUCCCAUCAACGCAACAGAAAGCCCGAGUGUCUCUCGGCCACAUGAAGCGACUGUGUGAGUUUGUCAAGGGCGUCGUACAAGAGCACGAACAGUCGUAUGACCCCAACAACAUCCGUGACUUUGUGGAUCUGUACAUUCAGAUGCGUGACGGCGAGGGACAGACCAACAAAGCCUACAGCCUCGAAAACUUUUUGCGUCUCAUCGUUGACCUGUUUCUGGCUGGCACGGAAACAUCGUCGACAUCAGUGAACUGGGCCCUGCUGUACAUGAUGAAGUACCCAGACAUACAGAAAAAAUGUCAAGAGGAAAUUGAUAACAAUAUCGGCCGAGGGAGAAUGAUCACGUUCUCUGACAGAGCUAACCUGGCUUAUGUGGAAGCAACCAUUAAUGAAGUAUUGAGACUUUCUCCAGUGGUUCCAUUCUUCAUCCCACACAGUACAAAUGCCGACACCACUCUUGCUGGUUAUAACAUCCCCAAUGAAACCAUCGUCCUCGUCAACGUCCUCUCCGUCCACAAAGAUCCCAAGUACUGGGACGAUGUAGAUGAAUUCAAACCGGAGAGGUUCUUGGACGAAAAGGGCAAACUCAAGAAAAUAGAUGCUUUUAUUCCAUUUUCUAUUGGGCCACGUGUUUGUGCUGGAGAGACCUUGGCGAGGAUGGAGGUACUUAUGUACUUCGCCAAUAUGCUACAGAACUUCACCUUCAGAAAGCCAGACGGUGACACACUCAACUUCAAAGGAUUCAUUGGUGCUACAUAUUUUCCCCUUCCUUAUGAACUUAUUGCUGAGAAAAGAUGAAGACAUCGUGCACUACUCUAAAUAUUUGUAAGCCCCCAACUAUAACCAUGGUUGUUUUUGUUUGUUUGUUUGUUUGUUGUUUUACGCCGCACAAAGCAAUAUUCCAGCUAUAUGAUGGCGGUCUGUAGAUAAUCGAGUCUGGACCAGACAAUCCAGUGAUUAAUAUCAUGAGCAUCG